AUGCCAUCUGCUAUUCUCUCUAUCCCCACAACUGCAUCUGUACUUCAUCAUGAAUCACUUUAUCGCAUUAUACAUAAAUUCAGCAGUUCUUCGUUGGCUUCCGUCGCUUCUAGCAUAUGGAGAUUCAAUGAAAAGGUCUUCAAGGAGAUCUCUUACUUGGAACUGCCUCAACAACAGACCGUUGUGGACUUUGAUUGGAGAUCUGUUCAAGAACUGUGUGACGAAUCUCGUUCUCAGUUCCAUGACAUCCAAUUGAAGACGUUCAAAACUGUUCUCAGUACUCUACCUGUGGUGGAAAAAAUGCACCCAAUGUCUGGAAAUAUUGCCACAAAGGCAAGAGAACCUAGAAUCAAUUCGGAAUUCCUCAAGGUUUACGCUUUGGACUACUCGUGCAGACUCAGAAACUACUUGAAGAUCUCUGACCAGGAACUGGAUUUGUAUCAGCAAGAGUUUCUCGAUAGCGGUUGUGAAUCAAUCGACAAGUUCUUGAAUGAAUACAUAGUCGGAGACAAUGGUGAGGAGGACUCUUUGAAUGCCAAGCAGUUUAGAGAAACACUGAAAUUGUCUCUUUUGGCCAGAGAUAAGCUAUGGAAAAACGUAAUUUUACCACCUAGAGAUGACCUACCUCAGUAUACGAAGAAACAUUAUGUUCAGCAACUCGAGAAACCCCAGACUUCUGCUGGAUCAGGAGCCUGCCUGGUGAGAACCCAAGGCAAAUUCAUGCCUUGGUUGAAUAUCAACGAUUUUGACUCGAAGUCAAAGAAGUCAAUUCCUCCUUACGGAAGGUUGGCCAACGGAGACCAGUUUACCGUCAGAGGUUGGUGUAAUGAAAGAUGGUGCUCCUGCGCAUAG